AUGCCCAGUGAGGCUGCCCUGUGGGUUGGACUCCCCGCUGCCAGUCUCACGUCUCCCUUCUCUUCCUCAGGUUUGGCCCAGAAAAAGACGGCCCUGACGGAGGCCCCGUCAGUGACUGGACAGCCGGGCCCUGGUCACGGGAGGAAGCUGGGCCAUCGGGGCGUGGACGCAUCUGGUGAAACCACUUACAAAAAGACCACGUCUUCCACCCUGAAGGGGGCCAUCCAGCUGGGCAUUGGCUACACCGUGGGCAACCUGAGCUCCAAGCCAGAGCGAGACGUGCUCAUGCAGGACUUCUACGUCGUGGAGAGCAUCUUCUUCCCCAGUGAAGGCAGCAACCUUACUCCCGCUCACCACUUCCAGGACUUCAGGUUCAAGACCUAUGCACCUGUCGCCUUCCGCUACUUCCGGGAGCUCUUCGGCAUCCGGCCAGACGAUUACUUGUACUCACUGUGCAAUGAGCCUCUGAUUGAGCUGUCCAACCCUGGCGCCAGCGGCUCCCUCUUCUACGUCACCAGCGACGAUGAGUUCAUCAUUAAGACGGUGAUGCACAAAGAGGCAGAGUUCCUGCAGAAACUGCUGCCCGGCUACUACAUGAACCUCAACCAGAAUCCGCGGACGCUCCUGCCCAAGUUCUAUGGGUUGUACUGCGUGCAGUCCGGGGGCAAGAACAUCCGUGUGGUGGUCAUGAACAACAUCCUGCCGCGCAUGGUCAAGAUGCACCUCAAGUUUGAUCUCAAAGGCUCCACAUACAAGCGGCGGGCCAGCAAGAAGGAACGGGAGAAGAGCAUCCCCACCUACAAGGACCUGGACUUCAUCCAGGACAUGCCCGAGGGUCUCCUGCUGGACGCCGACACCUUUUCUGCACUCGUCAAGACGCUGCAGCGGGACUGCCUGGUGCUGGAGAGCUUCAAGAUCAUGGACUACAGCCUGCUCCUGGGUGUGCACAACAUCGACCAGCAGGAGCGGGAGUGGCAGGCGGAGGGUGCCCAGAGCACGGCGGAUGAGAAGCGGCCGCUCGGUCAGAAGGCGCUCUACUCCACAGCCAUGGAGUCCAUCCAGGGCGGGGCCGCGUGUGGGGAGGCCAUCGAGACGGAUGACACGAUGGGUGGGAUCCCCGCCGUGAAUGGCCGCGGGGAGCGCCUGCUGCUGCACAUCGGGAUCAUCGACAUCCUGCAGUCCUACAGGUUCAUCAAGAAGCUGGAACACACCUGGAAGGCACUUGUCCACGAUGGGGACACCGUCUCCGUCCACCGGCCCAGCUUCUACGCCGAGCGCUUCUUCAAGUUCAUGAGCAACACAGUCUUUCGGAAGAACUCCUCCCUGAAGUCAUCACCAUCCAAGAAGGGCCGCGGUGCCUUGUUGGCCGUCAAACCCCUGGGGCCCACAGCUGCCUUCUCAGCCAGCCAGAUCCCCAGUGAGCGGGAGGACACGCAGUACGACCUGCGGGGCGCCCGCAGCUACCCCACGCUGGAGGACGAAGGCCGGCCUGACCUCCUGCCCUGCACACCACCUUCUUUUGAGGAGGCCACCACUGCAUCCAUCGCCACGACCCUGUCAUCCACAUCCCUGUCCAUCCCAGAGCGGUCCCCCUCAGAGACCUCAGAGCAGCCAAGGUACAGGCGGCGCACACAGUCCUCUGGACAGGAUACCCGGCCCCAGGAGGAGGCACGCGUAGAGGAGGACCUGCAGCAGAUCACAGUGCAGGUGGAGCCCGCAUGCAGUGUGGAGAUAGUGGUCCCCAAGGAGGAGGAAGAGGGGGUGGAGGCUUCCCCGGCCAGCACCUCUGCCGUUGUUGUUGAAGCUGAAACCGCCAGCCAGGCUUCAGAGCCCGCCAGCCAGGCCUCGGAUGAGGAGGACACGCCCGCCACCGACAUCUACUUUUUCACGGAUGGGAGGUACUGGAUUUACUCUCCCCGGCAUCGCCGACUGCGGGCCAUGACGCUGAGCUCCUCGGGGACUCCCACCGAUGAGAGGAGCUGGGUGUACUCCCCACUCCACUAUAGUGCACAGGCCCAUUCAGCCUCCGACGGCGAGAGCGACACAUAAUUUCUACAAUCACCAACCGUAGGAGUGGAGCAUACCCUUGGCCAGCCCAGCUCGGCCCAGAGCACGGGAGCUGCCGCCUGGCUGCCGCUGGACGCACUCGCCCACAUCCUCCCCUUGGCGAUGGUCACUGAUGCUCCGGGCUGCAAAGCAGUGACCCCGGUCCCGUCAGCUACCUGCGCCUGUGAUACUGUGAACCUUCCUGAGUGUCCAAUCAUGUAUUUAUUUUGGGACCUUACUCUUUGCACAGAGACAGCGGCACACAGCUGCUUUUUUUACAAAAACAAAAAACAAAACAAAAAAAAAACCACAAUGGGAAAAGAAGACACUUCAUUCUAUGCACUUUUUGGUUCUUUGCUAUGCUUGCAUGUGUCUUGCUGAGAGAACAAGGCUCACUGGCUUUGGGGACCUGUGACCCAGUGGUCCAGCCAUUCCGGGUGAAAAUCCUGCUGGGUGUCCACAGUCACCGCCCUGUCCGCCUCUGUCUGUGUUGGAUGGGCACCUAGAAGGAAGGGCCACCAGGUCCCCACUGGUUCCCGGGCACCUCUGGAAGCCACACACCUGUGCCCAGCAGCUGCUCUCAGCUCAGGUUUGUGGGCCGGGUGCCGGGCAUCUGUCCUUGGGGGAGGCCGCCUGGUGGCCUGGGGUGGCUCACCACCCUGCGGACUGCUCCUUCUCUCAGCGUAUGUUUCACACCACCCCCGCCUCCCAGGUGACUUGGAGCAGAAAUAGCCUGGCAGUGACUAGAAUAUGGACACACGGCCAACCCCCCUCUCGAUGGAGCUCAGGGCUGUGGAUGUCUCUCUCAUCCAUGUGGACCGCCUAGUGUCUGGAAGAUAGGGCCCAAGCGAUGGGAGACACCUUUUCAAAGAAGGAUUUCCGAAACAUCCGACUCAGAGGAGGCAGCUGGGCCCUUAGCCACAGGACUUCCGGCCGGAGAGCUUGUGUCCUGGAGCAGGGCCCUCCCCAGGGGCAGGCACAAGGCCUAGAGGGACAGACUCUGCAGCAAGAGGCCCCCAUGAUGGUGGGCAGCCUCUCUCUCAUUUUUAAAUGAUGAAGACACCUGUGCAGAUUAAAGGAAAAAAUUCUUUAAUGAAAAACAGUAUUUGUAUUUUUAUUUUUGUCCAGCCCUCAUGGGGCAGCCUUCAACAGGGGCAGCCAUUCCAGGGCCCCCCUGGGCGACCGCCAGGAUAUGCUGCUGUGUCCGGAGGGGCUGCUGUAGUCAGCUUUGCAGAGUCAUUCCUCCCCCUAGACACACUUCCACCCCCUGAGAUGAAACGUCAGUGAUGGCUGCCCCCUGCCCACUCUGUGGACCCCCGCCAGCUCAGGCCCACAUGGGAACAGCUGGAAACCGGCCCGGAAUAGAAGCCACAUCUUUCAGAAGAAUUUCUCCCCAGCCCCGGCCUCCCUGGUGGAGCCUGAGACAGCUAGGUAACUCGCUGACCUAGGAAUCUGACUUUGAGUCCUUUGCAAGCUGCACAUACUGUUGCUGGUUCUUGCUAUGCAGGUCCCUCCCCAUCCCACCUCGGACAGCCUGCCGGAGGGGACCUGUUGGUCUGGCUGCUGUCCACUCUUCCCGGAGAACCAGGCUGCGCCCCGAAGGCUCUCCUGCUGUCUGCCCAGGGGCAGCACCUCAGCUCUGAGCAGGGCCAUGGGAGACUGUGCAGCCUGGGGAAGGGGCCCUCAGAGAAUCCGCCAGAAUAACCUGCAGGUAGCCCGAACAAGAAGCAAGACAGCAUUCUUCCCUACUGCCCAAGGAGCAUUUGCCCAGACCCUGGGGAACACCCUCACCUGGAUUUCAGACCAGCACUGUCUGCAGACACCCUGGCCACAAGUCACCGGUCUGUUCUGACCAGUCCCACCAAGAAGGCAGGCAGGCCGAGCGGGCAGACUUCUGGAGGACUAACAGGGACAGCUGCAUCACCCAAACACCAACGUGGGAGUCACCACCCAGGCGCCCAGAGGCUGGGCCCCAGAGACAUCCUGAGCCCCAGUGGCGAUGACCAGUGGAGCAGCACAGUCCUGGGGCAGUGGGCCCUGCGUCCAGGGCAUCCUUGGUCAGUAUA